AUGGCUAAUAAGUCAAGACCGAGAAGGGCAGCUGUGCCCUAUCGGAAGUACGUUGGUGGCCAGGGAUAUAUGCAGAAUGUUAUGUUAUCACGGUAUAAGACUACCGGAAAGAGAGUAGUCGAUGGAGAAGAUGAUCUAAGCGAUGAGUACUAUGAUGGUGACGAGUAUGAUGGAAAUGAGAAGAAUACAAAUAAAUCUGGUGAGUUGAAGAUCAUAGGUGCAAAGACUAGACGCACUGAUUCUGUUGGAAACGAUAUAUUGACAGAGAGUGAUGAUGAAGGACAGGAUGAAGAGAGCAAAACUUCAAAGAGGAAAAAUAGAAAUAAACGUUUAUCUAGUCAUGGAAGAAAACGGAGUACAAACUUGUCACUUGAAGGCUUGACCAUACAGGAUGAUGAAGUGGAAUGCGAACCUCCUAUGAUACCGAUGAAGAUUCCAUUAGAGAUUCAAAGACGUGUUGUUAAGUACUAUUUCGAUCUGGUAGAAGAGACAGAAUAUGAAAAAGAAAAUACUGAGUUUGAAAACAUUAUGAACGUUAUGUUGGUAUCUAAAUACUGGUAUUAUUUGUCUCUGGGAAGACUUUAUCGGGCCCCCAAACUAUCAAGUAGAAACUUUAACGCUUUUGUGGAAACAAUAACCUCAGCUGUUACAACAACGUCUAUGCCCGGAGCUGGCUCCAAGAAAAUAGAUAGAUACAGAUUAGGAGAUCUGGUUCAGAUGCUUGAUUUAUCCACAAUUUUACAAAGUGGUAAGAAUUCCAAUGUCUCCAAAUUACUUAGAAGAUGCUCCAAUAAUUUACUUGCAUUUACGGCACCUCAAACAAGCUUUGGUUAUGCGCCACUUAUUUCUCUAAAAAAUUGCCAUAAGUUAAGAUUUCUUGAUCUAGGACUUGUUUCCGAAACAGUCAAACUGAAAGAUCUUUUUAAAGCUAUAAGUAACUUCAACGAACUUACACAUCUUUCUUUCCCAAGAAGCUCAAUAGAUUGCGAAGGUUUCCAAGAAUUUUGCUGGCCAAAUAACCUUCAAUAUCUGAAGCUAAGUGGAGGGAUAACCAAUGAAUUUGUUGCUAUGACCAACUGGCCUGAAACAAUAACCACUUUAGAAUUCUCAUUUUGCCCACAAGUAGACGAGCAGUCUAUAUAUACAGUUUUGGCAAAAAUUGGACAUAACUUAAAGCACUUGUCAUUUUUUUAUCCAAUGCCCGCCUUGAGAGAGAACUCACUCGAUUUUAUUUUCAGGUAUUGCAGGAACCUGUUGUCUGUAAGACUACAAGUUGAUUACUGCUCGAAAUGGUUAUUUUCUGAAUACAUUCUGACUCCAAUAGAACCGGACCUACCCCUGGAAGUAAGAAGACAAGCUAGACCUCUAAGGACCAUAUAUUUGGAUUGUAGUGGCUCCUUAGGUCUUGCUUCAAAGAUUCAUCCGGAUGAUUUCACAAUCGCUUUACUUGAAUCUAGAUUACCAAGCUUAAAGAAUAUCUCUGUAUCGUCUAAACUUGGCUGGGAUAUGAAUGGGGACGAUGUUGCAGAUCUACUUACUGCCUUUGAGGAACAAGACGGCAGUUUAUACGUAUCCUACUAA